AAUAUUACCACUAAAACUUGUUUGAAAAUAAAAAAGUAUUUUAACAAGAUAAAGGAAGAUUUCAAUCGUUAAAACAAUUACAAUAGGAAAUACAAUUGGAGUGAGCAUGGCGAAGGUGCGACUCCAAAUGAAAUAGUAGGGGUGCGCCGAGGGUUGAUAAUGUAGGCGCGGCCAUAAACCACUCCUCGAAAUUGAAACAAUUAGUUUUUACAUCUACUAAAGUAGAUAGUGGACGUGUAGUUCGUUAGCGAUUAUUCUUUUAAAUAAACAUGGAUCCUAUUAUUGACGCUAUAAAAAAUUCUGGUGAACCAGAAUGGCUGGAGAAAACUGUAAUUGGUGGCUUACGAGUCUGGCAAAUUAUUGUUUUAUGUUUAAUUGGAAUAACUUCUUUUGUCGUGAUGAUGUGCUGCUGCUUCCGUUUCCGCAUACCGCGCACCAAGCAGCAAAUCGAGGCGGACUACCAACGUCGCAUCAUCACCAACAAGUUUCGUCAACAACUUGAAACGAUACAGGAUUCCAAGAUGGACGCCAUGUCUUUACAUGAUGCCCUGGAACUGCUGCACGAGAAAUCACAUUCAAUGGAAGACAAUCAGCAAGGAUCCCAGCCCAGCUCCAUCAUGUCGCCGCAACAGAGUUCUCUGGAUGCGUCAUUCCAACCGGAAAAUGGGCAAAAGCCGGAGCCACAGGUGUCUGGAGCUAACUUCGUGAAGUUCGCGACUAAAGUCGCACAUCUGUCGAAGCUCGGACAGCCCAAGUCACCCACAUCACCGACCACGGAAAAUAAAAUGGAAUUUUAAAUUAUUAUUAACUUAAGAAUCUCUAUUUAUGUAUUGUAGAAAA